AUGGCAAGUCCUAAACCCGCGCCAACGUCACCUUCCACUUCAUCCCAUUUUAUCAAAAAGAUUGACCCCGCUAUGGCGACUGCCACUACCCGCUCCGGGAAGCCUCUCGACCGCCCCGUCAUGGAGUCUAUGCUCCGUCGGCGUAUGUUCUACACCCCGGCGUAUGAAAUCUACGGUGGUGUCUCUGGACUCUUCGACUAUGGUCCUCCCGGCUGCUCCCUGCAGGCCAACAUCAUCGAUCUGUGGCGAAAGCAUUUCGUCCUAGAGGAGGACAUGCUUGAGGUGGACUGCUCUGUUCUGACGCCGCACGAGGUCUUCAAGACCAGUGGACACGUUGACAAGUUCGCCGACUGGAUGUGCAAGGACCCCAAGACUGGAGAAAUCUUCCGUGCCGACCACCUUGUCGAGGAGGUUCUCGAGGCCAGACUGAAGGGUGACAAGGAAGCAAGAGGGCAAAAGAUUGAGGAGAAAGAGGAGGAGGACUGCAAUAAGAAGAACAAGAAGAAGAAGGUCAAGGAGAUCAAGGUCGUCAAACUGGACGAUGCUACCGUUCAGGAAUACGAGGAGGUUCUGGCCAAGAUUGAUAACUACGACGGCCCUGAACUUGGAAUGCUCAUCAACAAGUAUGGCAUCAAGAACCCCGCCACCAAUGGUGAUCUUGAGCCCCCGAUCGCCUUCAACCUUAUGUUCCAGACUGCCAUUGGCCCCAGCGGAAACCUUGCUGGAUACUUGCGUCCAGAGACUGCCCAGGGCCAGUUCCUUAACUUUGCUAAGCUGCUUGAAUUCAACCAGCAGGCCAUGCCCUUCGCCUCCGCUUCCAUUGGAAAGUCCUACCGAAACGAAAUCUCUCCCCGUUCCGGUCUUCUACGUGUCCGUGAGUUCUUGAUGGCUGAGAUUGAGCAUUUCGUCGACCCUGAAAGCGGCAAAAAGCACUCGCGCUUCCACGAGGUCAAAGAUGUCGAGCUCCGGUUGCUCAAUCGGGAGACCCAGCUCUCAGGCCGGACUGAGGUCGAGACGAUGCCCAUUGGCAAGGCUGUUGAGAUUGGCCUCGUUGACAACGAGACUCUUGGUUACUUCCUUGCUCGAAUCAAGCUCUUCUUGGAGAAGAUUGGUGUAGACCAGUCUAAGCUGCGUUUCCGUCAGCACAUGGCCAAUGAAAUGGCCCACUAUGCUGCCGACUGCUGGGACGCUGAACUGCUGACCAGCUAUGGAUGGAUUGAGUGUGUUGGCUGUGCGGACCGCAGUGCUUACGAUCUUUCGGUGCAUGCCAAGAAGACCGGUGCGCCGUUGGUUGUGAGACAGACGAGAGCCGAGCCCUUGAAGAUUGAGGAAUGGCAGAUUGACCUCGACAAGAAGAAGUUUGGCCCUCGGUUCAAGAAGGAUGGAAAGACUGUUGAGGCUGCUGUAUUGGCGCUGACUCAGGAGCAGCGCGAGACCUUCGCCGGUCAACUCAAGGCCAAUGGCAAGAUCGUUGUGGAAGUUCCUGGUGUGGCUGAUGGCAAUGUGGAACUUGGCUCUGAUCUUGUCACCAUCGAGAAGCGCACCCGUGUCGAGAACACUCGGGAGUACAUCCCCAACGUCAUUGAGCCCUCAUUUGGUAUUGGCCGUAUCCUCUACAGCUUGAUGGAGCACGUCUACUGGACCCGUGAGGGCGACGAGGCUCGUGGCAUUCUCUCUUUCCCCCCGCCUGUCGCUCCGACCAAGGUGCUUCUCGUGCCCCUCUCAACUAACCCAGAGUUCACACCAAUUGUUCGCCGACUUAGCCACUACCUCCGCUCCGUCGGCAUCUCGAACCGCGUGGACGACUCAUCGGCCAGCAUUGGUAAGCGAUAUGCCCGUAACGACGAGCUCGGCACUGCCCUUGGUAUAACCGUCGACUUCCAGACGGUCAAGGAUGGCAGCGUCACCCUUCGUGACCGUGACACGACCAAGCAGGUGCGUGGAUCAGAGGAGCAGAUUGUUGAUGCCAUCAAGAAGCUGGUCGAUGGCCAAGAGACGUGGGCGGACGUGCUCAAGCGACUUCCAGAGUACGAGGGCCAGCAGAACGUUGAUUAG